AUGAUUAAAUCUGUUCUUAUUUUUAAUAACCAUGGAAAACCUCGUAUCACAAAAUUCUAUCAACAGAUAGAUAUUGGAACACAGCAAGCGUUACUUCAAGAAAUAUAUUCAUUAGUCUCAAAACGUCCUGAUACGGCUUGUAAUUUUCUUGAAGGGAGUCAAAUGCUCGGUGGAAAAGACACUCGUGUUAUUUAUAGGCAUUAUGCAACUUUAUAUUUCGUUUUUGUGGUUGAUGAAAGUGAAAGCGAAUUGGGAAUUUUGGAUUUAAUUCAGGUACUGGAAACAAACAUAUCAGAGAUAGUAUCUGCGUAUAACGAAGCAAAUAAACUUAAGAAACGUUCUGGAACGAUAGCAACAAUUUCGACAAGUGGUGCUAGCGCAGUGGCUCGUGAUAUGGGAGCUCACUUUGCAAGUACUGUAACAUCUACUUUACAGAGUACAUUACAAACUACUGUUACACAUUCAACAACAGUUAAAUUUAUUACUGUAUCAUGA